UAUUAAGACAAUAAAAUGAAGCGUCUCGCCGUGCUGCUGGCAGUUGUGGCGACGGUCAGUGCCGUCAGCUUCUUCGACCUCGUUCGCGAAGAGUGGAACGCCUUCAAGCUCGAACAUAAGAAGUCCUAUGAAAGUGAGACGGAGGAGAGGUUCCGUAUGAAGAUCUUUGCGGAGAACAAGCACAAGAUAGCCAAGCACAACCAGCGCUAUGAGCGUGGUCAAGUGACUUACCGUCUCGCACCAAACAAGUACUCCGACAUGUUGCCUCAUGAAUUUGUCCACACCAUGAACGGCUUCAACCGCACUGCCAAACACAACAAGGGCCUGUACAGCAAGGGUAGCGAAGUGCGCGGAGCCAGUUUCAUCGCACCCGCCAAUGUGGUGGUUCCAGACCAAGUGGACUGGCGCUCUAAGGGAGCCGUCACUGACGUCAAGGACCAGGGCAAGUGCGGCUCCUGCUGGUCCUUCAGUACUACGGGCGCCUUGGAGGCUCAACACUUCCGCAAGAGUGGCUUCCUCGUAUCCCUGUCGGAGCAAAACCUGAUCGACUGCUCGUCGGCGUACGGGAACAAUGGCUGCAAUGGCGGUCUCAUGGACAACGCCUUCAAGUACAUCCGCGACAAUGGAGGCAUCGACACCGAGAAGAGCUACCCCUAUGAGGCUGUUGAUGACAAAUGCAGAUACAACCCUAAGAACGCUGGCGCUGAUGAUGUGGGCUUCGUGGACGUGCCCGAAGGUGAUGAAGAGGCUCUGAUGAAAGCUGUGGCCACCGUGGGGCCUGUCUCGGUGGCUAUCGACGCCAGCCAGGAGUCCUUCCAGCUCUACUCCUCUGGAGUCUACUACGACGAGGACUGCUCCUCCAGCAACCUAGACCACGGGGUGCUGGUGGUGGGCUACGGCACUGAUGAGGCGGGUGGUGACUACUGGCUCGUGAAGAACUCGUGGGGACGCUCGUGGGGCGAGUUGGGAUACAUCAAGAUGGCGCGCAACCGCAACAACCACUGUGGCAUCGCCUCUGCUGCCUCCUACCCGCUUGUCUGAGCGGGGGCGCGGGUGUCGGUCUGGCACCUGGUGUGUUUGCUUUUGAUCGAUUUUAAUUAUCCAUGACCCGAAACAAUAUUAUCUUCGGUUAAACGCAUUCCAUCUCAUCGCUAGCGUUAAGAUUUAUUAUUAUUAGUUUAAGUGAAAAAAAUUUGAUUUUAUGAUGUCAUCAGUUCAUGUGAUAUAGAGUAAUUUUAUAUAAUAAAUAUUUUUAAAACGUU